GCGCCCUGCCCUCCCAGCCGCGGCUCCGGGAGCCAGUCCGGGAGGCUCCGCUGCGCUCCACCCCGGUGGGAGGGUCCGGGGCGGCCGAGCGGAACGAGCAGCGAAAGCAGUAACAGCAGCAGCAGCACGAUGGGGCUGGAGUUGUACCUGGAUAUGCUCUCGCAGCCCUGCCGAGCCGUCUACAUCUUCGCCCGGGCCAACAACAUCCCCUUCGAGUUCAAACACGUGGACCUGAAUAAGGGGGAGCAUAGGACCAAGGAGUUCCAGAAGGUGAACAUGCUGAUGACAGUUCCUGCACUAAAGGAUGAUUCUUUCGCCUUGGCAGAGAGCAUUGCCAUCCUCCUGUACCUGUCCCGUAAAUUCAAGACCCCUGAUCACUGGUACCCAGCUGAGCUGCAGAAGAGGGCUCGGGUUGAUGAGUACCUGUCCUGGCAGCACACCACCAUUCGUCUGAAGGGGUGUGAUGUGUUUCUAUACAAGGUGCUGCUGCCUGUCAUCACAGGCAAGCCAGUUCCUGCAGAGAAAAUGCAGAGUUUGACUGAGGAGCUGAAUGUGGUCCUCAACCAGUUUGAGGAGAAGUUCUUGCAGGAUAAGCCUUUCAUCGCAGGCACUGAGGUCUCCCUGGCAGACCUUCUAGCGCUGGAGGAGAUCAUGGAGCCUGUAGCUGUUGGCCACGACCCCUUUGAGGGGAGGCCGAAGCUGGCAGCGUGGCGCAGGCGGGUGGAAGGAGCAGUGGGGCAGCAGCUCUGCCAGGAGGCUCAUGAAGUGCUGAUGAACCCCAGCAACUUCUCUGCUGAUAAAAUCGCACCCGAAAUGCUGGAGUUGUGGACGAAGAUGUACAUCAAGUAGAAUCAUUACCUAAACUAGGGCUCCUAUCCCUAUUUGUAGAUCAUUCCCCAAAGUGUAACUUUGUGCAGGGCGCUUCUAAGCAGAUGACAGGAAUAAAACCAGACCGCGGCGGUAGCACAGGAAAGGCUCUGCCCGGAGCAGUGAGUGCCAUCGGGAGUGCCCGCGGCGCUGCCGCAAUAGCGUAAGGUCCCAGUCGGCAGCUGCCGCCUG